AUGGAACCUUGGAAGACAAGCAACAACUGGGCUCCUGAUCAGUCUGGUCCCGUGGGCUCCGGCCCCAACAGUUUUUCGGCCUCCGUGGCCGCUGUCUCCUCCUCCUCUCCCUCGACCGCUGCCGCCGCUCCUGCUUCCGCCGCCGCUGCCGUUCCUGCUCCUGCUCAUGCCCAUGUUGUCGCUCCCGCUCCCGUCGUCCCUGCCUCGGCUCCCGUUCCUGCUCCCACUCCCGCUGCCAACGCCGCUUGGGGGCGCCAUCGGUACCCCCAUUUUGUCUUGUCUGGGCAAGUCGCGGUCGCGGUGCUUGGCCCCGGCACCACUCUUGCCGACCUUUCGGCUAUCAUGUCUCGGAUGAGACAGCAGGCUCCCCCGGCCAGACCCCAAGCCGGGGUCAAGAAGAACCGCCGCCGCCGAGGCCGGAAGCCCGGCCAGAGGGCCAAAGACGCCGGGCGAAAGCCCGAGGACAAGGACCCCGGGGAGGGAGGUGCCGGCUGUGGCGGUGGAAUGGUGCCAGCGUGA